GUAGUUCUUUGAUCGAUUAGUCUAAAACUAACUUGAAUACUAUCAGCCGAACUGAGCUACUGAAGUCAGUCAAUGGAAAGGAGCGUCUCUCUCUCUCUCUCUCUCUCUCUCUCUCUCUCUCUCUCUCUCUCUCUCUCUCUCUCUCUGUGCAGCGAUGGCAGCAGCGGGUGAUCAGCAGCAGGAUCUCCGUGGGUAAUGAGCAGUGAUCGGGGAUGGCAGAGAAACCACCUCUCACGGUGUUCGUGAAGCUGUUCGCCGCCGGCUUUUACGGCGUGAGCUCGUUUCUCAUCGUCGUGGUGAACAAGAGUGUCCUCACCAACUACAGGUAACGGCCACGACACGCUUUAAACGGCAGUUUGGAUGCUAAUGUGUUAGCCAGGAUAGCGGCUGAAGUUGAGUUGGCGACCGGUGGAGCUUCAUUAGCUAACGGCAACUUCUGGCUAGCUUAGCAGGGAGGGUACACAAUGUUUAUCGGUGUUCUGAUUAGCAUGCUAGCAUCACAUAUGAGAGCUUAGCACUGACUGUUGCUCUUGCACUAAAGUGGCUCCUCUCUGCCAUUUAGAUUCCCGUCUACAAUAUGUGUGGGCAUCGGACAGGUGAGUUACACACUGUUAACACACACGCACAUACCUGAAAGCGAGUGUUCAUUCAUUAUUUAAAGCUCCUCUGUAUGUAUGUAUGUGUGUGUGUGUGUAGAUGCUGGCCACGGUGGUCGUGCUGUGGGUGGGCAAGGCAGCGAGGGUGAUCAGCUUCCCAGACUGUGAUGAGAGUAUACCUCUGAAGGUGAGACCCCCAGACACUGGUCUGUCUCCCACCUCUUUCAAAACAAUAACACGUUUACAAAGUGUCCAGCUGUGAGACGUUUAUGGUCAAAACAAACUGUUCAAAUGCAUGUGUGAUAUGAGGGAAACACCAGUCACGUUUUCCACUCACUCUUCUGGGAAGGCUGACUGCCAUACUGGGCACUGGAGUGUUUAGCUAUGUGGCACACUGGUAUCUGCUGGUUAAAAAAAGAAAACAUACCCAGACGCUGGCUGUAUCCUGACCCCUUACAGCAGCGUCCAGACAUGUUUCUGACUGGGCUGGUCCCACUUGGAAGCUGACUUAAAGGUACAUUGUGUAGAGUUUAAAAGCAGUUUUCUGUAGAAAUCCACUGUAACAUGCAGAGGUUCCUUAAAUGAACAUGUACACUGCAGUCUGCUGGGGAGGAAGUAUUAAACACAAAGAUGUUAGAUGUCUGAACAAACUGGUGAAAAAGGCUGGCUCUGUGGUCUCAGUGGAGGAUGUGGUGGAGAGAUCUACACUGAGGAAGGUGGAGACUAUUCUAAUGAAACAUGGAUCACCCACUUUAUAACAUCUUAAUAGACCAUAGGGUCAGUGGUGGUGGACGGCUCCUCUCUCUUCACUGCAGGACAGAAAGAUUCAGAAGAUCUUUUGUACCCACAGCAAUCAGACUUUACAAUUCUUCUGUAAAUAGUAGAUGACUUUUUUAGACAUGACAAAUGAGACAGCAGACAAUUGAAUUUCCCUUCUGGCAUCAGUAAAGUUAUUCUUAUUCUUAUAUACUGAGUGGAAUAUCAUAAUCGCCGCAUUUCACCCUGGAUGGCUUUGGGAGACUCGCUGGUAGGAGAAUGGAGAGGGCAGUGUGAGAUCAGUUGUUGUUGUGGUCCCAUGAAUUUAUAUUGGCAAUUUUUUUGUUAUAAAAAUCUGAUAAAUGGAGGAUCAUACUUAACAUGCAUCACAGGAAUGUAAUGACUCUAAGUUUUCCUCCAAGAAAACAAAACAGAAAGAAGUAAAACAAGAUCAGGUUAGGUGAUGGCAGAAUAUAAGGCUUAACAAAGCAUUUACUUUUUACAUAAAUGUUACAUUCUGAUAACAAAUUUAUGUUGAGGACUGAUGCUGAAGUUCAGAUAAUGUAACCUGUGUUUCUGAUAGAAUGUGAAACUUACACAUAAGCCAUCAUAUCAGUGUGUUUUUGUUAGUUUCUUAUUUGUAUUUAUAUCAAUUCAAAGUGAAAUAUGAAUAGUUUGUGUGAACUAUUCAGUCAAAGUUAAGUUGAAUAAAAAAGGUUACACACGAAUUAAGAUAGAAAGACGCAGUAUUUGCCCAAUUCAUGAUAUUGCCGGUCGGUGAAGGGCAUCAUAAUGCAAUGUUCAGGUGUUAAGUCUCUAUGUUUAUACAGUUAUAGUCUUUCACAUGAUUUAUUACAACUGACUGACACAAGUGGGUGGUUUGUAAUUGUUCCUAUUCAUGCAGAAUCAAAUUGAAAGAUGUGUUUUUAUAUAAAUGGUCACAAAGCCUGAAAAGAAAGCCAGUGUUGAAAGAAAAGGUUGAUAACCACCUUUGUAAUGCCACUGCUUUCAACUGAGGCUGAAGGAAAGAAAGUUUUGCAGGACAAGCCUGUAUGCGUGUGCAACUUACAACUCCUUGUUCAUCUUCUUGGAUCCUUCUCUCAGUAUUACUGUGUGCUUUAUCCUGCAGACGUUUCCUCUACCUCUCCUCUAUGUGGGGAAUCAGAUCACCGGUCUGUUUGGAACCAAGAGGCUGAAGUAAGUCCUCAUGUGUGAACGAUCUGAGCUGAACAGUAAUUCAACAGGAAGUUUCACAUGAGCUCAUUGGGCACGGCUGCUGAUGAUGUGAUUUUUAUCCUCUCCCUUUAGUCUGCCCAUGUUUACAGUCCUCAGGAGGUUCUCUAUCCUGUUCACGAUGCUGGCUGAGGGAUUCCUGCUCAAGUGAGUUUUCUGUCACCACAGGGCUGGGCGAUACACCGAAACACAUGAUUACAGUUUAAUACCAUACACACCAUGCACUUAAAGUUUUUUUCUCCAAGAACAGUCAUUCAAACACAACUCUUGCUACGUCGUUAUCCAUUGGAAAAGCUGCACUAUUGUCCUUGUGUGGCUGUUUUCCAUCUCUUGUGUAUCUUUCGGUUGUGCUAUCGUUGUCUUGCUACACUGGGGUCUUAGAAAAACAGAGUUUAAUCCUCUGUGUGUAAAUGUUGCUGAAAUGACAGUAAGAAACUUGUCAGUGAUUCUGAAAUGUUGAAGAGUUUGAGGGUAUCCUGAUGUCAAAGAGUGCUGAAGGAACCAGACAGUUAACUUACUGAAAUAAGUAACAUGAUAUACCAGAGUUUAUUUAAGGUGUUUCUUAAACAUUUUUACGGCAGUAUUUAUGUUUGCAGAAUUCAUAAGGGUGCUUGCUGAGCUACUCUCAGCUUUUUUUCAGGACCCUCACUCAUUUUUCAGUAGGAUUCCUCCAGCGAUAAACCUCAAACUGGUUCAUAAAUGAGGCUGAAUAGUCCACAGACUUUUCCUUGUCCUCAGAAUGAACUAAUCCAGCAAAUGAAAUCUGUCACAAUAAAAACAAGAUGAACGAGACAGACUUGAUUAAUCACCAGGGAAAACUUUGUAGUCAUAACAGCUUAAGUCAAGGACAGGAGUAAUCAAAGGAAAGGUAACGUAUAAUAUUUACCUUCCUCUGCUGACAACUUAAGCUCAGAUAUUGUUCAGGGACUUAGCGUGGUUUUAAAUCAGGUUUUCAAGAGUACUCAUGUGUCAUGAGGUCUUUGUAAGGAGCAGAACUGUCAGAGAUCCGUUUGUCUUUUAAACAAACAGGAGUAGCAAACUAAAUCUGUAGAAUAAUGAAGGAUUGAAAUGUAUGAGACACUCUUCGCCACCACUAAAAGCUGAAAGCGUAACUGCCUCUGCAAUUAGCUCAGCUUUUUUAUAUAUAUAUAUAUAUAUCUCUGACCCUAUUUUUGUAUUUGGAUUCCUACAGAGUCUGUUAUUGUCCGGUUUUUAAAUAGAGGGAAAUCAUCUGCAAAGGUCUGUUCAAGAAAUAAACUGAUUUCUAAAACCAGCAAAAACAUCAAACAGGAAAAUGCCAGCAAAACAACAACAGCUUCAUAGACGUAGUUUUUUAGAUGGAGGAGGUCUAAUUUGGGGGGCUGGUAUCUGAGCUGCAUCUAGCAUCAGUAUGGUCUUUUUUUGCAUCAACAGUCUCCUUGUCCCAAACUGAGUUCACUUUCACAUACACCCAAAGACCAGCAGCUCAAACAAAGCUUUGCAGUAAGAAGUGGGGGUGUAGUCCUGCGCUUAACAAGCAUGUGUAUACCUCACACUGACCUGCUGUUGUGGCUGUUUCUGCUGUGUCACAGACUGUUGGCUAUAUCUUUUAUUUAGUAUGAUCAAAGUUUAUCAAUGCAAUCAUCCUCCAUAAAACCUCUUCAAAGACUACCUUAUAACCUUGCCCUACAUCAUUGAUAACCUACUUUACUUUCUCUCCCUGGGACACAGAGCUGUUCUCUUUGAGCUUUUAUUAGCAUCCAGAUUGAGUUUCAUUGCUCUGCUGUUUUUUGACCUCUGACAGGAAGAAGUUUUCCCGCCCGGUGCAGCUGACAGUAUUUACGAUGAUCCUUGGGGCGUUCAUAGCUGCCAGGUGAGUCUUGUUGCAUCCAGGUGUCCCCAGCUGUAAACUAAAGUGAAUGACCCUCACUACAAAGGCUCGUUCAGCUCUGAUAGAUGUCUUCACUGCAGGUUUAUUGUCUUCAGAGUCAUUACACACAUGUUGUCAUUAACCCCUAAAACCCUGCAGGCUGCCUCUAUGACCAGUGGAGCUUUAGUUUCAAAUGCAUUACGUUUCAAAAAUGUGCCAAAACUGAGCUCAAGGUAUAAAAACUGUGUUAAAAUAAAUGCAUGGAUCACAUUAGUCCAAAAUAAAAACAAACAAGGCCAUCUGAAAUAAGACUGAAAAGUUUUAUGUUGAGCUUUUUGGUGCAUCAAACUAGUGUGAGGAGGCAGAUGAAAAAACACCCUGUUUUUACAGUUUCCACAUAAAAAAAGUCUCCGCAAAUUUUACAUUUCAGUGUCAAAAGAUCAUAUGUAAGAAAACACUUCUUAAGCAAUGAUAAGAAAAAAAAGUUUUGUCCACAGGGGGCGCCAAAAUCGAAACUAACUGAAAGUUCCUCACAGGAGCUUUAAUAUAAGCCCAAAAAUGCAUAAAAAAACUGAAAACAAGUUGAAAACUUAAACAAUGUUUAUGUUUUUUUUUGCAAUGAGUUUGGACCAAGUUCAAAAAUUGGGCUGGUAACUGGGGAGGUGCUGGUUCUGGUUCACUUUCUGGCACUGCCUGGAUGCACUUGAGCAAGAUACUGAAUCCCCAAGUACUUCACCCUGACAUCAGUCCAUUAAUGCAUGUUUGAAGGAUUGUGCUUGCGGAUGUUGGUGAAGCAAGAUUCAACACCAGUGAAGCAAGACCUUCUUUAAAAGUGUUUUUGGUCAAUUCUGCCUGCUUAACAGAAAACAAAAGAAGAACUUCAUUAAAUUCAGUUCCUUAUUUUCAAUAUUUGCUGUAGUGAACAUAUAAGUUAUUAUAGUUGUUGAUUUGUGUUGCAGUUGUAUGGUUUGAUUAUGGAGCAGUUUUAACAGGACUAUAUGCUAAUUAAGUACUGAUACUAGACAAAGAUAAAUUGAUUGAUUGGGCUGAUGAAUUAAAUAUAAUAUAUAUCAAUAAACAUAUAAAUCAAAUAAUCAGCAUCAGACGAUAUCUAGGCUCAUGAGGCUGAUUGAAAAAAUAUCCACAAAUGUCUGCAGACACUGCAGGCAGUCUUGUUAGUCCGGCUUCUGUUUAGGCACAACAACAUUUGCAUCCUAAAUCACCGCGGAUCAAAUCUAACAAUUAUUGACAAGUGUUGAAUAUAUUUUGUCACAAUGUAUCUAAUAAUGGAGUUUAAUAGUGCUUAUGAUGGUAAUAUUUCAUGUUCAGUAAUCCGUGCAUAGCACAAUUAUAUUUAUAUACUGUGGUGUAUUUAAAGCUACACAACUACACAGGUGACAGAUUACCUACUAUAGUGUUUGUAUGAUGCAGUGAGGUAAAACAAAAAGAAAGAAGAGAAAUCUAAAUCUGUCAGUUUUUAAUUUGCUCUCCCUUCUCUGUCCACAGUGCUGAUCUGUCCUUUGACCUACAAGGCUACGUGUUCAUCCUCCUGAACGACGUCCUGACUGCAGCCAAUGGGGCCUAUGUGAAACAAAAAUUAGAUGCCAAGGUAUGUUGCGGAGCAGCCUGAUGAAUAGUGAGCAUUGUUGGCUUGAAGCUGUUUUUGGCAUUGAGCUGAUGUCAGUGAAUGUCGGGAGCCCAACCUGUCCUUGAGUCUGGCAUAAAGGAGCCCUGUGUACAAAAACACCAUGACUCAGAGCUUUUUACUCCUCCUGAACUCGAUAUUAUCUCCACACUGUGAAUCUGUUAUGAUUCUGAAUGGCUUCACUGACUGUCUCUGCUUUAUUUUGAACAGUCAGGUUCAUUACAGUGAGGCUGUUGAAGAUUGUAGCUUGUUUUAGCUGUUUUUCUCUUCUGUCGCCUGAGCUCAGAUCUCACAUUACAGCAGAGGCAGGGCUGUACCCACAUUUAGUCUGUCCUCACAUGCAGAGUUGUGUAUAUGUGUGUUAGGGGUGAAAGCUGAAGGCAUGUGCAGAGGCUCAGGGUUGGGCGGUGAAUAGUGGCCUUGCAUGACAUCUGUAUGUUAGUAAUUGAGGAAUGCACUGAGAUUCUGAGUGAAUAACUCUCUGUUUUCCGGCUCUGCUAUGUUUCAUGUUUGUGCUGCUUCCUGACCAUCUGUUUCCAUGAUCUCUCUCUCUCAUACAGGAGCUGGGAAAAUAUGGAUUGCUGUAUUAUAAUGCAUUAUUUAUGAUCCUUCCCACUCUGCUCUUGGCUCAUGUGACAGGAGACGUGCAGAAGGUAAGACCUCGUUGACCUCAUUGUUUGCUUUUUAUUUUCUGAAAAUAAUGAAAUAGUCUUUAUUCUAUCUUCUUCCUCCCUGCAAAGUUAUUCCAUAUUCAAAACAUAAAUCCUCUAUUUUUAAUCUUCUUUCUGAAUAUAUGCUGUUUACACUACAACUAAAGAAACAAUCUCACAGACAGAACAUUUACAGUGUUUUCCCAGCACUCUGUAAACGUUAGUAAACCCAGCAGAUCAGUUUCUGGAGUUUAGAAAGUGAAAUGUUGUCCCAUUCUUGCCUGAUAGAGGAUUUCAGCUGCUCAACAGUUAAUGGUCUUCUUUGUCCUGUUUAUGUGUCGUGAUGCUCCAAAUGUUAUUAAUGGGUGACAAGUCAGGACUGCAGGCAAGCCCUUUUAGCAGCAGGACUCUUCUACUACAGAGCCAUGCUGUUGAAAUCCCUGCAGAAUGUGGUUUUUCAUUGUGGAUAGCGGCAUAAAUUCGUCUCACACCUCUACAGAGCUGAGGAUGUGGUGGCCAUGAUUUCCAAAAAGACUCUGGUUCAGAGAAGUCUCUGGUAUUUCUGGAUCAUGUUUAUAUCUGGUUUCCUCUUUGCAUUGUUCACUUUCAACCUUCGUUUGAGGAUGCAGUAAUAAACUAUGUUCAUAGACAGUUUGUUUUGGAGGUUAAUUAAGUCCAUGCAGUAAUUACAUUUCUAUUUUUAAUGCAGUGCCACCUGGAUUUGAAGGACCUGAAGAUCAGGUCCUUCCAGUCUUGGUUUUGGUCCUUGUCCCUGUUGUACACAGAUUUUCCGGAUCCUCUUUAUCUUUUCAUGAUAUUAUGUUCUAUAGAUGAUGAAAUCCACUUAUUCUUCCCCAUUUUACACCAAUGACCAUUAUUCUCUCUCACAGAGUGGUAAAUCUCUUCUUACCUUUCUUUCUGAGGGACUCAAACCACACUCACACAAAUGUGGAUACAUGAAAACAUAGUUCCUCUCUGUGUUGUUACCUCCCAUUAGCCUGUAAACAAAGUUUCAGGUCAUUAAAAAAAACAGUGAUGUCAAAAACUGGUGGGGUUGUUUUACAAUGCUGCAUAGUCUUUUUUUGUGUGGACAGUCAGACAGAGGCUUUGGAAACAUUAAUGUUCUUGGGGAUGGCAAGUUUAUAAGAUAAGAUAAGAACUGUAUUUAUCCCGGAGGGGAAAUUCAAUAUUGUAUGUAUUGCAUGUGCACCAAGAUGGUGGGUGAGUGGUUUGUUUAGGUCCGCUUGGUACUGAGAGGUUUAAUUGGAUGCUAACAAGGAAAUUUGGUUGGUCUUCAUAUUAAUACUGCAGGUAAAUGAGAAUGAAUAUUUAAUAGUUUCCAGUUCAGUUAUGUGAAUACAGUUUAAUGAAUGUUGUUUACAGCUGCUGCUUGCUCAAGAGGAUGCUCCACAUGUAAUCAAUGGUCUUGUAUGUUGUUUUGAAUACACACAACAGGCCUGGCAUGCCUAUGUACUAAUUUCAACUGUUUCUGUUUAGCUAAAGCAGACAGAAAAAUAACCAGAAACAGCUUGAUUCGCCAUCUUCUGAACUUUGAGGUUCAUUUUUUGUAGGUUUUGUGAGUAGAUAUCAUAUAUUUAAAGCUUUAAUGUUGAACUGAAGCCUGUGUGUGAACAGUAUGUCUGUGUGCAGGGAGGGUGAGCUGUGUGUCUGUUGGUCAGUGUUGGCAGAGACUCUCUGGUUCGCCCAGCUGGGGCCCAGCAGCCUCAGAGGCACAAAGCUGCCUUUAUGCAGCCAGCAGAGUUAUUACAGCAGAAACUACAACCUCCACUGACUCUAUAACAUCAGAGCAGAGACAGAGUGGUACCUCAUACAGCCACUGAAACACACUGUGCAACAGGAAACGACUUAGGAAGAGUGUAUCAAUGGACAGGAUAUUUAUAUGUACUCAGAAGUAUCACACUUGAACAGCUGGAGAAAUUGUUCAAAACCAUCCCCAAUUGCUUUAAGACUUUUGUGGGGUGGCUCAGUUUGAUUUUGAGGCUUUUAAUACUUUUUCUAUUUACAUUCAAAAAGAAAAAGCUAGAAUGAAUCUGGACAUCAACACAAAAUGAGUCUCAGUUUAUUAUCUGGUAACAUGGAUUCUGAGACUUUUUUUUCCCAUGACAUAUGAGAUUGUUCCAGAAGUUAAAGGCCACAGUAGAACUGCAUGGUUAUGGAGGGAGUGCUUCUGAUUAACAAAAAAACAACAACAAUCUCUGACUCUGUGAGUGGUGGUGGCAAGAUCAAGAACUUUCAGAGGAUUUUCCAGAGCAGCAUUCACCUCCAAAGAUUAUGUUGCGAUCAUUACAGCCUGUUUCAUGCUGUAAUCUACUACAGCAAUGCCAAAACAUUUUGUAAAAGUAUUGUAUAAACUCAAACUAAACCUAACAGCAGGGGACAGAUCUAAAACAAGGGUUUCCUUUAAUAUGUCUCUCUUCUGAUAGCUUGAAACCUCAUCAACAGUAGCUGACACAAAGAGAGAUUUUUCUCAUAUAUGUCGCAGUCACCAUGGCACACCUGCUUAAAGCACAUAUAGGGCUGGAUUGUAUUUCAUUUGAACACUGGAAUAGUCACACUGCAGGACAUGCCAUGUCAGUCAUAACACGUUAUCCUGUGACUGUCACCACAUCCUCUCCUAUACUUAAUCUUUAGUUAACGUCCAUAUCAAAUCAUUUAAUGAAACUGCUCAUUUGAACACAACUGACCGCUGUGCAGGCAGAGUCUGUAUCUGUGUGUCACAUAGGAAACUGGGGAAAAGUGAGAUAAAUUCUAAUACAGUGUUGUCCUGCUCAUCUUGGCUGUUGUUAACAUUGUGAGCACACAUACAAACUAGUGGACAACCACAGCCUUUACUGAUGCCGAAUAUCACAGAGCAGGCCCGAUGCAGCUUAUGCUUUUUUGCUUUUUAUAAAAUCAAAUAAAAGUUAAACAAUAAUAAUGACUGUUUCAUGUACAUUACAAUCUUACACAUGUGGUUCUAGUCAGAAACAGGUCUCUGAUGGAUUUGAAUUAAUACAUAGGGCUCAAUUUUCGUGCCACGCCUGACAUAAUGGGCUCUAUUUUCGUGCCUCGCCGGAGACGUGCCACAGGCGCGGUGUAAGUCAGAUCUGCCGCGCCGACAAGGCGUUCCCAAGCAUAAUUUGGUAUUUUUGUGAGCGGCGCAGCCCAGCGUAAGUAUCCCCCCUCCCUAACUCAGCUCCUCCCAGCGGCGUAAGUCGUAGGGAGGGAGGAGAGAGGGCAUGGAGUGGGUUUAACACAGCCGAGACCAGUGUUGACCAAUAAUAUCAGCUCCUCUUCUCAGAGCUGUAGGCCUAAAGUGAAUAACUCAUCUGAGCACUGAAACAAAUCAUCUGUUCAGCCGCUGCAGCAGCUGCAGCAGGAUGGAGAGAGGACACAGAGACAUGUCCAGGUCGAGCUGCACGAGAAAGAAGAGAAGAGGAAGAAAGAAAAGGAGGGAGACAAAUUACAUAUCUAGUUAACUUUAUCAUGUGUGUUUAUUUACUAGAUAUUUAAUUUAAUUUAAUGCGGUUUCAGCUGUGUUGAUUCGGUAAGGUUGUGUGUCCAAAUGCGUGCCAAACGCGCUCAUCAGAUCAGAUAUAGAUCAGAAUAUAUCGAUAUAGAUCUAAAUGUAUGUGCUGACUCAGAUUAUUAGUUGUUGAUGAUUAUUUAUUGCACUGAAAUGUGCCUGACACUGUGGAAACCUGCCGGUGAGGCAUCGGUGACGUAUGCCGAUGCGCCGCCGGUCUACCAAAAUACCACUAGACCAGCUGCGCUCUGCCUGCGCUGAAAGCUGACCAGGUUUGAAUCGGCGAGCUUUCAGCGCACUUUAUACGCCACCGGCGAGCACGAAAAUGUCACUGCGGCAGCUGACUCUGUCGACACCUCCUCCUACCGCGCCACCACGCCCAGCUUGGUGGACCUCGGUGCGCCUCAGCCUACGAAAGUACCAAACUGGCUGUGCGUCAGGCUUCGCCAGACAAAAAUACCACUGCGCCACCCUCCGCCACGCUGCCGGUGAGCACGAAAAUAGAGCCCAUAGUGUUUGUUGGGACAUGGUGUAUUUAUGCCAGAUGCAAUACUAGACUCUGUUUUUCUACAAAUCAUGACUGAAUACAUAUCAAACCCUUGUAACUUGUCAGCGAUCAUUUAAGGGGAUGUUGACCUUAUCUGGACUGCAAAUCUAGCACAUUCUUGCAGACUCUACUUCUAUUGUCUCUGCACCUGUGGUAGAAGGAAAUUGAUUAAAAACUAAAUGCAUAGAAAGCUGUUUAGUGUUUCUUUAAUCAUCACAGGGCUUGUGAUGCAGAUUAAAUAUACUUUUUGAGAUUGACUUCUGUGCAAGUCAGCUGCAUUAGUUUUUAAAGUUUAUUUGGUAACCUAAACCUCCUCCUCUUGUGACUCUGAUUGUUCAUUUGUCAGAGCUGCUGUCAGAGCGAUCAUAUAAUAGUUAUAAUAGCAUCUUAUCUGAAAGUAGAAAAUAGACUUAGAUUACAAGUAGAAAAACACAGAAUAAAUGUGUUUUUACAUUUUUUUACUGUUCCAAAACACCUAAAGUACACUAUAUUUAUCAGACAUAAAUUCCUGCACUCUGUCAUAAUGCAGUAAUUAAAAAAUUAACAAUGUUUUUUCAGCAUCUUGCAGCCUGUUAACACAUAUAUAGUGUCCUGUCAGUUAUGGGCAUGUAAUGUAAGUUUUAUAAACACAAACACCUCAUGCUGCUUGUUUUUUUUGUGGCCUGAUUAAAAGGAAAAACCACCAGUUUCCUCUCCUCAAUGACUCAUCUACAGAAACGGCCUGUUUGCUGGUUUCACAUCAGUGUGUCUCUACAUUAGAGUGAGCUGAUCACUUUGCAUGUAGAACCUUUUUGUCACAUAAUUUUAGUCAACUUUGCUGGCUCUGCUAAUGUCUCAAGUAAGAAAAAUAAAGUGUAAAAACACUUGUGAAGUAACCUGAUCUGUGUUUCUCUCAUCAGGCAGUGGAAUAUGAGGGUUGGUCAGACAUGAUUUUCCUCACACAGUUCAUCCUGUCCUGCAUUAUGGGGUAAGAAAACAUACAAAACAAGUGUGUGUGUGUGUGUGUUAAGUGCAAUAAAAAACACAUUAAAUCAAUCAACAGUCUCAUAUAGUGCCAAAAACAAACCUCUGGUUGAACUUUAUUUUUUAUGGCAUUUCAGUGAUGAAAUCUCAGCUCAGAGUGACACUCAGCUCACACUAACGUUGUGAAAUCUUACAUGUUGACUCAUGCGUAAUCUAACAAUGAGCUUGUUUUUACAGGUUUGUCCUGAUGUACUCCACUGUGCUUUGUACACAGUAUAACUCCGCUUUAACAACAACGAUCGUCGGUUGCAUUAAGGUAACCUGCAGAGUCAUGUGAGGUUACAGGUUCAACAUAAAGCCGAGCUGAUGAAUACCUUCUCUUUAUGCAGAAUGUGCUGGUGACGUACAUCGGGAUGGUGUUCAGUGGAGACUAUAUCUUCUCCUGGACAAACUUCAUAGGGUUAAAUAUCAGGUAUGGAAUGGUUUCUAUUUACAGACUCUUCCAAAUAAAAAUAUAGACCCUCUCAGCCAGGUCUGGAGCUGACGCCUUUGUUGUUAGAGGAGUAAUAACCAAUCAGGUAUCAGCAAGUUAGUAAGACAAGAGGAACACAAUCCACCUAAUGACCACUGAUUCCUCUCUGUGAAGAGAUAUAAGCAUGAAGGUCAGCUAAUAAUCUGUUCUAGAAACAAACAUUUACACUGAGACACUAAUCUGCCUGAUGCCGAGUCACAAAGAACAAUGAGAGUUUAGAUUUCCUGACUUCCCUGAAUGCAUCAGAUAUAGAUCUAAUCUCCUUUCAAUAAAUGAACAUUUUCAAAUUUUUCUCUUCCUCUUGAGGACAGAGCUGACGAAGCCUGACUUUAAACUUUUUGCUAAUCUGUAUUAUGAUGUUUUAGCAAACUUUUGACAUAAUUAUUACUAUAAAAUCUUUUGUAAUCAGAUGUAGAUAAGGGGCAGCAUUUUCAGGGUAAAUAGCCAACUACUAUCAGAUUUAUGUCUUUGGAUUUAAGUGAAAUUAAACCACGAUUAUAAGGACACUAAUCUGUAGCAGAUGUUUGGAUUCUGUUUUAUGUCAUGACUGCAUUUUUUAAUUAAGUUCAUGAAAUAACUCAUGGGAAAGAUCUGGGAGCUGGACAGUUUAAUUUGCUCUCUUGGAGGUCUUCAUGAAAUCUCUGAGGGCUGUUUUGAAUUUCUGUGGUGGGAAAUACGCUGCUGAGGAUCUGUUGUUACUCAAAGAGCUUCACAUAUCGUAACAGUUUAUCACUUGUAAUACCAUUAUUAUUAUUAUUAUACAACAAAAACAUAAACUAGAUGUAUACAAAAAGUUGCAGUGUGUGUGGAAAGGGGGGAAGCAUUUUGUGCGGGGAGAUGAAGCAAUAAUUUUUAGAGGGUAGAGUAAGACUGUACAAUGGAGCAGACGUGAGGGGUUCAGAGUGUGUGAACGUAGCAAAGGUAUGAUUUAGAUUCUGUCAUCACUGAUAAAAUGAACUGACAGAGACAUGACUAUGUCUGCUCUUCAUAUUUAUCUGAUUUUUAAUUUUAGUUUUUCACGUCAUUCUAUUUAGAAUGAGUGGAAAUAAUAAGUGCACCUAAAUCCAUUUCUUUCUGUCUGAGAAGUGUAAUUUUUCUAAGUGAAGGCCAGACUCUCAGUAGGAUUGCAUAACUUUUGUGCCCACUAUACCUGUGCAAACAAGGCAAAAAGAUAUUCUCUAAGCCCGUGAGCAUGCACAAAGGAUUAAAUACUUCACAUACUGCACUGCUAAGCAAACAGAGUCUCUGUGCAGCAUUUGAAUGAUCCAUUAUGUACUUAUUUACAUCUAAAUGCAAACAAGCCGCAUUGCUAGAAACACCCAAUUCACUAAGCAGUUAGAGUGACACUUUCACCAACAGUACUGGCUGAAGUACUUACAGAAAAUCACUGCUCGUCUUACAGUCUUCAGUUAAGACAAUUCCUCCCCUUAAUAACCCAGAAAUAACUUAUCUAUAUGUCGAGUUUUUUAAACAUAUAACUGUAACAUGACUAUUUUACGAUAAGGAGUUGGAUUAGGCUGAGGUUGCCUGUGGCUCAAACACUGAUAUAUUGGUUAUAUGGUUAUGCAGGACAGAGUAUUUGAUCAUAGAUCUAUGCUGACAACAAGCUGUGAACUUACUUCACAAAGGAAUGUGGAUAAAAAUAGUGAAAUCUGUCACAUAAUAUAGAAUAUUUCACAAUAAUGGUCGGGACUUUCCCUCUCCCCAGUUUAACCCAUACUCUGUAGUCCCAUCAGGAUUAAAGCUCACAGUGCAGCCCUGAGUAGCAGAGAGUGGAGACGCUGACAGUUCAUCAAAUAAAAAUGUAAAAUAAAAAACAAGAGCAAGCUGCACAGGGAUGGUUUGUGAUGGAGUUCACUUUAAACCUGAAGCAGCUGAUGUUUGAUCAGUGUGAACUCACAGGUUAGUUGUUCUCUGUGAUAGACAUAAAAAACUGAGAUAGUGCAGAAUGAAAUCACAAAAGUCAUGUACAGCAAGAAGCCGCGCAUAACUUUUAAAACAGCAGAAUGGGAAGACUAAAUAAAAAGAGAAUCAACGCAUCAAAAGGGGAACUUGCUGAGAGAGCUCACUAUCUCACUGAUCAGUUGCAGAGCUUCUAUCAGUUCCUGUAGGUUAUCAGAAUCAAGGUGUCAGGGGAGAAACCAGACUGUCUGGAUUACUGAUCCCAGAUGGCGAUCCUGUACAGAUUAUAAAAAGAAAACGGAAACAGAGGUCGGCAUUAUCUUUUGUUAUUGGCUGUGUCUGUACUUUGACUGCAGUUUAUUUACACAAACAUAUUUACUGACCUGAUUUGAUUUCAUUUCCCACCCAUGAAAUUUGUUUACAGUCAAACUUUAUGACUUUAUGAGUUGUGGAUGAAUGAGGUCACUCUGCUUCAGAAUCACUCUGUUCCUCCCAAUGUCAUAAAGUUCCUGUUAGAAAGAGGAAGUGAAGAGUGGUGCAGGCACGGAUAUUGCUGAUACGCAACAGCCAAUCAGCUGCCAGGGUUUUUUAACUGGCUGCUGGGUCAUGUUACCAAAUGUGAGAUUGUUUUGACCGAUGAUGUGCUGCAGCAUACUCACACUAUUCUCACAGACGGGAUAUAGUGGUUGGUUUUAUUUCACAGCGCUGACUGUAAAAACCACAUAUGGAAGUAAUGCUGUCCAGAGAGCUGAUGAAUGCACACAUCAGGGACCCUUUCAUAGAGCAAUGUUUACUUAUGUUUUUCUUUACUUACAGAUCAUGUGAAGUGACUGUUUUUUUUAGAUAUGUCAACAUAAUUCUGCACCAGACUCCAGCACACUGACCUCUAUGAAUGACUGCCAAUCUGACAAUAUAAGAAUGGACAUCAAGAAACUCCAAGCAGAGGUCACAGUAAUUGGACCUGAGCUCCUUACUAUGCAGAUGCUGCCAUCUGCUGGUCAGAUGUUUAGUCACAUAAAAGAGAGUUAGGGUGUCAAAGCUCAUACAAUCAUGUUUUUAUCCUCACAGAGAUAUUUCUGAAUUUCUGUCCAUUUAUUUCCAGACAAACAGAAUUUUACAUUUAUCACAUCUUUUUUUUUAAACUGCCAGAACCAAAAAUCUGAUCAGCUUCAGUUUGUGUAGAGCUGUUAAAAACUUUCAAACCAUAAAAAAAUAAGUUUUACUUUGUUGUGGCUCUAACACUCUGUCUCACUACAUUAUUGAUAAACCAUCAGAAACAUCAAUAGAGCACUCAACUACUAAACCAGUCAAUUGUGCAGCCCUUGUCCUUGCGUAUAUUCGGACAAGGCAAGUUCUUGCCUGUAUUCUGACAAGGAAAGUGCUAAAAUAACUUUCGUAGAUGUAGCCAUCUUUUUUCCACCUUUGAUUUUGCUUUUUUCCGACUUGGUAACUGAAACGCUGGUAACUGGGGUGUGAUGUCAUUCCCAGCUCCAACAUCUGACUUCCGAGGUAACUCGAACGCAGCAUAAGUCUAAGACUAACCCUAUUAGGUAGUAUAAACCGGGUUCUGCAGGAGUUAUCACAAAUGUAGGACUGUUUAGUUUUGUAAUCUGUGAGAAUCUCAUACAACGGUGCACCCCUACUAAAGGUGUGCUGUCCCUACCAAAGGUUUUUAACUUCACUGACGCAGAUUGAAGGGUGGGGAGCUCUCACCACUGUAUAUACAGUACAGGCCAAAAGUUUGGACACACCUUCUCACUUAAUACAUUUUCUUUAUUCUCAUUACUAUUUUAAUUGUAGAUUGUCAGUGAAGGCCUCAAAUUUAUGAAUGAACACAUGUGGAAUCAUGUGCUUAAGAAAAAAGUGUGAAAUAACUGAAAACAUGUUUUAUGUUUUAGAUUUCUCAAAGUAACCACCCUUUGCUUUUUGAUAGCGCUGCAAACUUUAGCUGUUCUUUCAAUGAGCUUCAUGAGGUAGUCACCUGAAAUGGUUUUGACUUCACAGGUGUGCCUUGUUAGGGUCACUUCGUGACUAAGUACUUCUGUCAUCAAGAGCAAAGGGUGGCUAUUUUAAAGAAAAUAAAAACCGGCCUGACUGAAGUGUGUGUGUGUUUUUUCCCCUCUAACGUGUGUCUCCUCUGUGUUUUCGUUGCAGUAUUGCGGGCAGCCUGGUGUACUCGUACAUCACUCUGACGGAGGAGCAGACCAACAAAGCCAGUGAAAGCACCAAAAUGGACAUAAAGGGGAAGGUGGUGGUAUGACAGAGACACUGGAUCUUAGUUUCUUUACUCUGACGGACGGGGAACUGUUUUUAAGAAAUGUUUAUUUAUGGAGUAUUUUAGCAGGAAGUGAUGGGAGCAGUGCUGAGCUUCGCCGUCACUCUGCCUCUCUUGCUGCUGCCAUGGUUGCGACCCCUCCAGAGGGAUUGUGGGUGAUUAUUUUUUUAGCUGGUGUUUUUUCUUUUUUUUAUACAUUUGUAUUUUGAUACUGUAUAUGAGGGAAAACUUAAUUUAUAUGACAACAUUUCCUUCCCAGCUGUUUAGCUGGAAUCAGUGUGUGUGCAGGAUUAUUAUGUAAAGGUUAUUUUAAAGGCACAAUCUGUGUUUUUAUUGCCUUCUCUGGUGUGCUGUUUACAAGGAAUGUAACUGUAGAUGCCUUUGAGCACAGAGAUGCACUGACACUCAACUGUUUUACAAGCUUCACUCUUAAAAUGAUGUUUCUUCACUUUCAAACGACCAAAGUGGACGUGCCGUGUGCUGUCAGCUGUUCAAAGGAUGUUGCUGCCUCUGUGUGGGAGAUAAUGUCACAUCAGUUUACCUUCUCUUUCUUCAGUGUUACAGGAUGCUUCUCUAUGCAUAACGAACAAAAAGACUUUAUCAUAAAGGGGAUUCAUUCAUGUCUUUUAAUUUUACUUUGACACAAAGUUUCUGGCACUUUGAACUGAGGUGACACCUGCUGACAGGUGAGAUCGAUUCUGUUACAUUCAUGCUUGAGAUUAUUGAACUCUCCUGAGAUUUAGAUUUCAGGUUUUUUAAGUAUUAUUAUAAGAAAAGCAUUUCUAAACUUUUAAUAGUCGGGUACGAGUUUUCCUUUUUUUUUUUUUUUUUUUUUUAUAUUUUUUUAUCAACAUCAUUUUAUAUUUACUACUUUUUUUAGACUAAUCUUCAUUUUUGUAGGUGGAACAGGUUGUGAACUGUUAUGCUCAUCUAAAACAGUAACAUGGAGUUCUUGUAAAAAUGUAUUUUUACAUUAAAAGUAAACCUGUUGUCAUAAA